AUGGCGCAACUACAUUCUUCGUAUUCCAUUCGAUGCCUACUGGCCGACACAGAUGUGUUCAACAAAUAUACUGUCAAAUUUAUUCUUGGAAAAGAUCUCGUUAAAGAACGUUCUAGCAAAGCAACAAGCACCCCCUCGAAUCGCCGCUACUUAGAAGGCACCAACUCAUCGCCAAUAUGUGAAGGUAUCACUUACAGAGCGGCCAUCGCAAUGGCCAUUCGUAGCAGUCCGGGAAAAUGCUUGCCGCUAAGAGCAAUUUACCGUUGGAUUGAAGGUAACUAUCCGCAUUUCUCCAGAAAUAACGAAAACUGGAAGGACACAGUGCGCUACAAUCUAAGUCAUAAUAAAAUAUUCGUGCGCGUUCCGAGGCCUGCAAACGAUCCAGGUCGUGGAAAUUAUUGGACAAUCGAUACCAUCGCUGAGGAUGUGCAAACUAAAAAUCAAAUAAGAAAGCGGACGCUGAAGAAUAAAAUACAGCUAUAUCAUCCAUAUGAACGCACCGAGUGCCCCGCGGGUGCAGCAUAUCCGGACGCCUGUGCGGCCUCCGUCAAGCAGUUUGAGAAAUGCCCUCCAAAGCCCGUGCAACAAGAAUACGCCUACCAAGCGUGGAAUAUUUUCACACAUUGGCAAUAUCAAUAG